AUUGACGUUGAUUUCAUUGUUCUUCUUGUUCUUACAAAUUAAAUGGAAAUGUGUUCACAAUUUCAAUUACAAAAAUCACAAUACAUUUUAAAGAAAUUGGGAUUGGAACUCAUAAUAUUUUGUAUUGUAUAAGCUAGAAAGUAUAAUCAGCAAGUUUUUGCAAAAAUGCUCACAUAAGAAGCAUUCAAGAAUGGAAUCUCUUCCAAGUAUAGAUUUACAGGAAUUGGAAUCCAGUUUAUACAGUCAGUUAUACCAUAGUAGUGAACUAGAGGAGGAAUCCAGGCUAAGUCUAAACCUGGAUGAUUCUUUAACAGAUCAUUCUGUGAACAAAACCUAUCGUUAUUUUUUAAAUCCAUUAGAAGACUCCCUUGAAACUUUAAAGGAGCAACAGUUGCCGGUUACACCAGUACAUAUAAACACUACAGAAAACAGUAUCUUUUCCAAUCCAGAUACAAAGUUGGAAUCACAGCAGACGGAUUUAUUUUCCAUUACAUCAGGAAAUUGUCAAGGGAUUGUAAAUAACCGCCGCCCUACAACUCCAAAUGUAGAUAGUUAUAUUCAUUUACAAUCUGCAGCUGUCGACCCUACUACAAGAAAACAAAGAAAGCUAAGACGAUAUUGGCAAGGGAAUAUAAAUGACCAUCGUCCUACAACUCCAACAGUAAAUAGUUAUAUAAAUUUACGAUCUAGAUCAAUCUGUCCUAUUACAAGAAGAGAUCCUAUUAUAAGAAGAGAUCCUAUUAUAAGACGAUCUAAAAGAUUACAAAAAAAGCAAGAGUUGGAGUCAAUUAAAAAGGUUGCCAAACAACAACAGCAACAAAAUUCAGUAGUAAUAUACAUAUCGGAUUCGGAUUCUAACGAUUGCGUAGCAGUAGAUGAAUACAUGAUCGACAAAAGACAAAUAAAUACAAAAUUUCCAAAGAAGUACAACGAAUCGGAUGGUGGGCUACCACCAGAGAGAGAUGAUGAUAUCAUUUUUGUGCCCCCACCGCCAGUUGAAGUUAUCACGGUUGAUUGUGAUGAAACAUCUCUGUGUAACGUAGAUGACAAUAGUAUAAAAAAUGCUGAUGACACAGAAGAUUGUGCUUUGGUAGAAUUGGAUUCGUCAUUAAGUAAUGAUUUUCUGGACACUGCAAACGUCGAUCGUAACUCACAAUUCAAUUUUGAUCUCCAUGGAUCUGAGUUCACCAAUAACGAAGUAGUGACCGUACAAGACCCCUCAAAAUUAACUGAAUAUUGUGAAACUGAAAGUAGUUGUAGUACAAAUGAACCUAAUAGAAAUUUUUCCAAUACAGUCAAAACGAUCGUUUUUGAUGAAGUUGAAUUUCCAAAAGAAGCAAUUUUCAAUGAAAAAGAUUUAGAAAGUUUUGGCUCAUUCAUAGUUCCUAAAAGGACUUGUAGUAAACGAACUGAUAUUUCUAAUGAAGUAGAUGAACCUGAAAGUACAGCAUGUGAAGUUGCCGACGUGUCAUCUGACAGUAACAGCUCAGAAAGUGAUUAUGAAACUAGUACAAACCAAAAAUCACAUGAUUUGCCUUAUUUAUCACCGAUGGUAACUUCAGACUUAAGUAACAAGAAAAACAAAUCUAAUGCGAACGAGUUUUUUAAAGAUAAAAAGAAAGAACGGAAAGAUUCAAAUAGUUCUACAAAAAAGAAAAAGAGAGAUUCAGAAAAUGAAACUAGUGAUAUUAAUUUUGGAAUAAGUUGUAUUACCAGUACACCAAAUUGUUCAAACAUUAAUAAAAAGAAAAAACAUACCCAUCGCCAAAGCCAUGACGAAGACAUUCCUUCGACUAUUCAAGCAAAUGAUAGUUUGAACAUCGUAGAUAAUGAUAUCUCGCAUAAGCCAAAAAAGAAAAAGAAGAAAGCCAAGCGUGAUAAAACGCCGAAAAGUGAUGGUGUUUUUGGACAAAUUUUUUCAGAAACUGUGGAGCCUAAUGAAGACGUAGAGACCAAAGGAACAUCCAAGAAAAAGAGAAAGAAAAGAAAAAAUUCUACUGAACUGUACAACGAAACAGUUCAACUUACCUCUGAUUUUAAUAGAGAUAAAGAUGUUCCGAAUGCUGAAACUACAAUGCACUGUUCUCAUGUAGUUGAAUUCCCGAAAUCAAAGAAAAAGAAAAGGCGGGCAUCUGUACUGUUAGUGCGUUUGGAACGAAGCGACAUUGACAAUUUUGAGAGAUUAAAAGAUUUACAAGAUAAAAACGUAGAUGGCAAAUCUGUUUUAAAGCAAAAGAAAAAAAAGAAAGAAACAGCUGUAUCAAAAGUAUUGGAUAAUGAUUCUAAUCAACAAUUAACUGACACUGAAAACUUAGUUAAUGAUGAUGAACAUGAAGGAGUAUUAAAAUGUUCACAAGACAAAGACAUAAAUCGCAAAUUAGAAUCAAAGAAAAAAACUAAAGAAAAUGAUACAUCUAAUACAUCGGACAAUGAUUCUGAUGAACAAUUAUCAGCUUCUAAAACGAAAGAAAAUAAUGAUGUAUCUACUCAUAUUGCGAAGCCCAAAAAGAAAAAGAAGGAAGUCUCAGAAAGUGAGGUGGAAUCUCAUGAACUCGUUAAAGAAAAUAUCGUAGAUGUGGAUACUACUAUACUAUUAAAACAAAAGAAGAAAAAGAAAGAAACAUCUAUAUGUGAAGACGGGGAACUGAAUUCUACCGAAAAAAGUAAAGAAUUGGAUGUGUCGAAAGAAAGUGCAUCUAUUAAUACUGAAUCGGAAAAUGCAGACGUUGUUGGUUCAGCUGUUGUAGAAACAAACGCAACUCAAGAAAUUAUAGAAAUUGGGAAUAAUGAAAUUGUGGACUCGGAAUUAGUUGUCGUAAAUCACAAUAUUACUACCUCUAGUGAAAUUCAGAUACCUGAAACAGAAGCGGUAACAGGAAACAUUUUAGACAGUGGUGCCAACACACAACCAAUUGAACUAAGUCAUACACCAAGCACUUCUAACGUCCCUAAUCAAUGUGAUUUAAUUAUAUUAACUAACGAGCUUGAAGAAUCUAGUGACAGUGAGCAAAUUUUACCUGAAAAACUAUCUCUGGGUAGGGAUGAGAGCAUUAUAUGUAUUGAUUCUGAUGAUUCUGGAGAUAGUAUUGUGGAAACAGUUUCUUCUGAUAGUGACUAUGAUUUUCAGGUUCUUGAUGAUAGUGAACAUGAUUUAUCGUUAAAUAUUAGUAAAGAAAACAGCAAUGAAGGAAGUUCGAAUAUUGAUGAAGAUAGUGCUUAUGAUAGAAUUCUUCGAGAAGCUCGGUUGCCUUUACAAGAUUAUGAAAAUUAUUCUGUGGCUUCUAUUCAAAGUAAACAGUCAGAUGAUCCUCAGAAGUGGAUGAUUUUGGCAAAGGAUAAAUUUGCUUAUUAUAACCAAAAGAAGGUAGGAGGAAAAAGGUGUUACCGAUGCAGGCAUUUCGGUCACACAGGUGAUAAAUGUCCAGAUAAACCAGGUCCUCCACCUUGUAUAUUAUGUGGAGAACCCGAUCAUCAAGAAACCCGAUGUCCAAAUCAAAUGUGCCUUCAGUGUGGAAAUAAACAGUGCAGCACAUCAGUCUAUUGCAGAGGAUGUUUUAAACACCGAGAAAUAAUGUGCAAACUAUGUAAAAUGAAGGGACACCCUGAAAAAGUUUGUCCUGAUUUGUGGAGAAGAUAUUAUUUAACAACCAAUGAAGUACCCAUGGUGAUAUCACGUCUACCAAGAAGACCCCGAAAUGAGCACUGGUGUUCUGGUUGCGCAGGACAAGGUCAUUUAGAACACGAAUGCAAUCAAAAUAUCAGAAGUUUCCCCACAACUUCACCCUACAUAAUGAGUUAUGAAGACAUUUUAGAACACAACAAAAGUAUACCACCUGAAGAACGUCAUCAAAAUAUUCCAGCUACAUCUUCAGAUUCUGGAAAUCAAUCUACUAAUGUCCGCGAGCAAUCUACCAGCAAUGAGAAUAUCGAACAUUCCAAAAUACCUUCGUUAUUGAGUUUGCCAUUGACGGUACCCAAUCAAUCAAUAAUUAAUAAUUGUACUUCUCCGAAUGUUACAAUUAGCGUUUCAAAUCAACCUUCAAAUAUUCCUUGUAAAGAAAUUAUUUUUCAAAUGAGACUUAAUUUCGAAAAUCCGUUUAAAUAUCCAGAUUGUAACAAAACUCUUAAUAUUAAAACCGUUGAACAUUUGAUAAUGACUAAGCCUCCGCACGUUGUUAUCAAUUUUCUUCAAGAGGAAAUGGAUAUCUUGAAGAAUUGUAAUAUUGAUCCCAAACGGUUAAAAAGAAAAAUACCUAAAUUAGACAAAGUGUUGGACAGUAAAAAGAAAAUAGCUAAGAAAGUAUUUCGCGAAACAAAUUAUUGGUAUAAAGUACUGAAUAUGUUUGUGUUCGGUCUGUAUAAACAUAAAGAUGGUAAUCUUCAUAUAAACUAUUUGGAGAAGUUCCUCUCACAGUCCAAAAAUAUGACGCUGGAUCACAAUAAGCGUACUAGUUUGUUUAGCUCUUAUUCCUACGUCUUUGGAUGUAACAGACAUGUUAAUGUGGAUUACCAUAAAAUAAUUAGAGGACUCAUUAAAAAACACUACCAAUAAUAUAUAUAGAAUGUUUAUAAUUAACUAUUUUUGACAAUAAAGAGUGUUUUGUUUUA